GUUUUACAAGUUUAAAAUCUUUUGUCCACCACCCUUCAACAUCCUCACCCUCCAUUCAAUGGCACCCAUCAUCUCAAAGAUCUACAUCUACCCCAUCAAGUCAUGCAAGGCCGUCGAGCUGACCGAGUCCAAGCUGUCGAAGUAUGGACUCCAGAAUGACCGUGUCUUUUUGGUCAUCGAUCCCGAGACGAACCGCCAGAGAACGAUGCGUGAACUGUCCGCUAUGACGCUGAUCGAGCCCAAGAUUGUUGGUGACGACCUUGUUAUCACCGCAGCUGGCAAAUCUGUCACUGUGCCUUUGGUACCUGACGUCAGCAAGUACGAGAAGCGCGUUGUCACUGUGUGGAAAGAGUCUCUCGAGGCCGCAGACUUGGGCGAGGAAGCUGCUCAACUCUUUACCGAUUACUUGGGCGUUCCCAGCCGUCUCGUGUACAAGUCUCCUUACCAUGUCCGCCCUGUUAUUGAGCAUGCUCCUGGUAUGAACGAGAUUGGAUUCCAGCCCCAGACCGCCUUUGCUGACAAUUACCCGAUUCUUUGCCUCUCUGAAGAGUCAGUCAAGGAUGUUAACACCCAUCUUGAGAAUCCCGUCACCGCGCUCAACUUUCGUCCCAACCUCUUGGUCUCUGGCGUGAGCAAGCCCUGGGAGGAAGACACUUGGUGCACGGUCGACAUUCGUGGGGUCACAUACUACUUCACCUGCCGCUGCACCCGCUGCGACAUGCCUAAUGUUGACCCUGAGACCGGUGUUAAGGACAAGCUGCAGCCCCAGAAGACGCUCCAGAGUGUGAGACGUGUGGAUAAGGGCAAGAAGGCCAAAUUCUAUGCAUGCGUCGGAAUCAACGUUGUGCCAAAUAAGCAUGAGGGUGAGCUGCGCAUCGGGGACGUGCUGGAUGUGAAGGAGAUCUUCCAGGGCGAGAGGAUGCGUACUGGCGAGGCUGGUUGGUCAACCAAGGCUGUUGAGGUCAGCGCGUAAAAUUGUGUCUCAUUAAUUCUUGUCAACCUUGCACUUUUCUAUGCAUGCCCCCGAGUUUCUAAUGACGCUCAGUGCUACUUAAUCUUAAAUGAAGACUCAUUUGACCCAG